UUGAACGUGUAUAAUUUUCUAUUUAGUUACUGAUAUAAUUUCAAAUUUGGGAGUGCACAAUGGUACAAAUUACGAUUCGUCAGGGUAUACUAAAAGGUGGUGAGGUUAAAACAGAUAGUGGAUUUGAAUAUUACGAGUUUUUAGGAAUACCAUAUGCCAAGCCUCCAGUCGGUGACUUACGAUUUAAGAGUCCCCAACCAUCAGAACCAUGGGAAAUUGUAAGAGAUGCUUCAACCGCAAAUAAAACCAAUAUCGCUUGUCAACUUGAUUCCAAAACUUACGAUAUCAUUGGAUCAGAAGAUUGUUUAUACUUAAAUGUAUAUACGCCUAAAUUAUCAAUACCAGAUCAUAUCCUUCCUGUAAUGAUUUAUAUUCAUGGCGGUGGUUUUUGUACUGGAAAUGGCACUAUUAAAACUGAAACUGGACCAGAUUAUUUGAUUGAAAAUAAUGUUGUUAUAGUCACUAUCAAUUAUAGAUUAGGAGUGUUUGGUUUUUUAUCAUUAGAUAUACCUGAAGUUGCUGGUAAUAUGGGCUUGAAAGAUAUAGUUAUCGCUUUAGAAUGGGUGAAUCAAAACAUUGUAUAUUUCAAUGGAGAUAGCAAUAACGUAACUGUUUUUGGUAAUAAUUCUGGUGCAGCUGCUAUCGAAUAUCUUAUGUUGUCAACGAGAACUAAAGAAUUAUUUCACAAAGCAAUUUUACAAUCUGGUUCUAUAAUAAACGCGUGGUCACUAAAUAAAGAACCCAUGAAGUUAUUAGAGAUAUUUUUAAAGAAUUUAAACUACGAAGUAGAUAUGUCCAACAAACUUGAAAUUUAUGAAUUUUUAAUGUCACUUUCGGCUGAAGAACUAAUUUUAGCAAAUACUAAAGCUUCCUCAGAUAUAGAUUCAAAGAAAUUAAGUUUUGGAUUUGUACCUAUUAUUGAAAAUGAUUAUGAGAAUCAAUUUCUAACAAGAGAUCCAGUUAAGAUGAUCAAGGAAGGGAAAUUUAACAGAAUUCCUUUAAUUAAAGGAUUUUGUAGUAAAGAAGCUUCAUUAAGAAAUAUGUUGGGAAAUAAUUCUGUGAAAGAAUUGUCGGAAACUAAGGAAAUUACUGAAUACAUUCCUUGUAGUUUUAAUUUUAAUGAUCAUGAAAAUUGUAAAGAUAUUCUUCAAAAAGUUUAUUUUGACGACAAAGCAUUAGAACAUAAUAAAUUUGAACAAGCAAUAAAUUUCCUAAGCGAUUUAGAUUUUACAUCAGGAGUAUGGAUUUCAGCAAAAUUGAUGGCAAAAUUUGGCAUUCCGAUAUACGUUUAUGAAUUCUCUUAUUUGGGGGAAUUAAAUAUAAGUCAAAUAUUAAAAUUAAAUAUUAAUGGAGCAGGGCAGUGUGACGAUUGUUCGUAUCUGUUUCCCAAUCAAUUUAAUCAGUUGAUAGAAAACAUCGAUGAAACUGACAAGUUAAUGAUAAAAAGAAUGACAAAAUUUUGGACAAACUUUGCAAAAUGCAGUAAUCCAAUUUUACCUACAACUGAUAUUCCACUAACUUGGCCGUUAUUCUCUGAAGAAUUCCCAACAUAUUUAAAUAUCGAUAAGAAAUUGAAUAUUAAAUUGGAUUAUGAAACAAAUAAGAUGGCUUGCUAG